UUUAAGAUGUGGGCUCUCACGCCAGCACGACUUCAGACCAGGACUGCAGUGAUGUCGUUCAGUCUGAGGCUGAAGAUCCUUCUUAUCGUGUCCACCAGCACGGGGAGGCUGCAUGGAGACUCUGUUCCAGGAACGGAUCACCAGAUUUACUGCACAAAUGAUUUUGUGUUCACCGUCAACUGCUCCAUAAAGCUUCCCCCAGCGGCCAACACCUCGGCCAGCUCGUCCUGGCUGCAGUUUAUUGAUCCGCACGAUGAGGAAGAGAAUCACGUCUGCAGGCUGACAAACACCACAGGAGCCUUGUCCUGCUCUUUUAAGAGAUCUACUGAAGCACCAGAGCAAAGCGACUUUCCUUACAUCUUUGAUGACAUCCACAUCUAUGAAAUCUCCCUUUGUCAUGGCAAAGAUGGCAAAUCUGACAUGUGUGAGCUGUUGGAUGAUGGGUACAGACCUGUGACAAACAUCACACCCAAUGCUCCAUGCUGCCUCACAGUGAGGCACAACUCGAGUCGAUACCACUUCAGCUGGAAAAACACCUACGAGAGGUACAGCACCAGUAACGACCUGGCAGAAAAUCUAAAGUAUGAGCUGCACUUCUAUAAACUGGAGAACAAACACCCGGUGAUGAAGCAUAAAAUUGUCCCAGAAAGCACAAGCUACUCUUUGGAUGAGGAGAAAUGCGUGCCAGAUUCAGAGUACGCCGCCAGAGUGCGGUCCAGUCCUAACGGGGGUUUUUUCAAGGGGGAAUGGAGCAAUUGGUCACCUGAGGUUUUUUGGAGAACUGAACCAGCAACCGAAGAUUUCCCAUCAAAGGUGUCGAUUUCCCUUCAUACUGUGAUCAUUUCCUUAUGUGUGGUUAUCCCCGUCCUCAUUCUACUAUGCUUUGGUCCUAUGAAGAGAUGGAGGCAGAACAGCUUCAUCCCAACUCCAGCUCCUUAUUUUCAAACCCUGUACACAGACUGCCAAGGAGACUUUAAGAGCUGGGUCAUGACGCCGGACGAAACAGCAGAUGUCCUGAACGCAGAAGAAACACUCCACAUAGACAACCUGGAGAAGUGUGCAGACGAGCUGCUGACAGAGGGAAGCCCGUACAGAAACAUCCCCAACCUCAAAAGCCCCACUGAUCUGCAAAAAAGCCCAAACUCUGCGGAAACCAGCAUUUCGCGUUUGGUUCAUCUGUCGAUGACGGGAAGUCCUGCAGAGGACUCGGGCUGUUGGCUCUGCAGCAAUAAUUCUCUGGAGGAGCUUCCUCUGUGGUACUGCAACGAGUACUGCACCCUGAACUGCAUCCAGAAGGCCGCCUGUGGCACAUUGGAGGACCAUGCAAGCCUGAAAAAGUUCUGUCAGCCAAAACUCAGGGAGGAUCUCAUCAGGGAUGUAUAGCCUUGUAUCUUUGAAGUAAAACUUCCCGAUAAGCAAUAUUUCUGCAACAAUUCUUUGCCAAAUAAGCUGUUUUUCUAUUAUAUAUAAAACCUACCGGUACUGUGAAAAUACAGUUUUACUUGAGUCCUACUGGCUUCAUGAGUAUUUUUUAUCUGAAGGAGUUAAUGAAAUAUGUGCCUUUAAUAAAGAAAACCCAACAUUUCGUAGAAAGUUUUAUUAUUAAGCCAACACAUACAUGACCAAAGCACCAUAUAACCUUAAAGUCUGAUACAGAAGAAAGCCUACCUGCCUCAGCCACUGUGGCCGUUUAUCCCACAGCAAACACUCUGCAUAACAAAAAGACAGCCAAGGCAGCAAAUUCUAACGUAUAUUACAGAUCGAUGAAUACAAAACCUGGGGAAAAAAUGUAGACAGAACCAUCUAGAGACACUAGUGAUACAACAGUAUAAAAGUGCCAUUCAUUAUACAGCAAUUGGAAUACUGACAAUGAAGUAAGCUAUUUUACAUUAAAUUUUAGAGGGGGGCUGUGGGAAAAAAACAAACAAAAAAACCUUUUCA